CAACAGCUUCUCAACAUAUUCGAGGUGAUUAUCUCGACGCUCGAGGGCAAACUUAAACGUAUCGAUAGCCUCGACAAAUCGGUCGAGCACAUGGUAAAGCGCAUGGAAGCUCUAGACAAUCGUGUAGCGGACAAUUUACUCAAAACCGAUGCCGUCAUCUCCAAGCUGCGCACGCUAGAUAAUAAAAUCACCAACGAUAUACAUGCAUCCUCUAUAGAUGGCAGUGGUGGCCGCUCGGCGCGUAUUGCCAAUAUGGCCACGGCAGAGCAUCUGGACAAUCGCUUGCUGUUGCUCGAUCAAAAGGUUAGCGAUAUCGACACUAAGCUUGAGGUGCUCAAAACACAAAUCGAUAAUAAUUUCCUGCAAGUGGACGACAUUAAUGUAGAAGCGAGUGAGAAAAAACCGAUCAGCAUGAAUGUGGUAGAGAUAACGAAGGCAAUGAAUGCCGAGGUGAUGAAUCACGUGUCCUCGGAAUUGAAUGAAUUACGGGACACUACCGACAACAUCGACAAGAAGCUACAAUUUCACAUAAAUAUUGUAUCGGAGAAUGUGGGGCGAAUGUUGCGUAUGGUGGGUGAUAUACAUGAGGCGGUGGUGGAUCAUCAGGAGCAGUUGAAUGCAUUGAAUGCCACCACGACGUCGUUACCGAUCAUAAAAUCGAGUAAGAUCGACGCGUUGGUGAAGCAAAUACGACCGAUGGUUUCGGUUUCAGAGAAAAUGGACGAAGUGUGGGAUGUUGUGGUGGGCACAAAGUCGUCGGUUAUCAAUGACUUGCUACCCAAGUCCGAUGCCUUGCUAACGCAGACGCAGCGACAGGAGCGUGCUAUUGGCGAGAUUCAUCACGAUCUAAAGGCGAAAACGAAUCAAAUUAUCAACAACCUGGAUAUGGUUGAGAAGCGUCUGAAGAAACAGGAAGACGAUGUUCAGCUGCUGGCGCAACGACCAGUGCCAGCUGAGCUGCUGAUGGAUCCCACUAUCGAUCGACUUGUCGAAUAUGAUCCCAAUCGCUAUUCCGUCAUCGAUGAGUACCCCGAGACGAAUAUGCCCACCACUCCGAUUUCCACAAGCGCAACGGGCACCUCAACUGCGCCACCGCCUACUGUGGCCGCAACAACGGCCUCACUAAGUGCGUACACUACAGCGGGCACUACUACGCCCAGCCCGCCGGUAGCUGUUGCCAGCCAACCAACUGUCUCAUCGUAUACGGUCACCGCGGCACAAAUUGCUGCUAAUUCUGCUGGUAGCAUGGGUGCUUCAUCGGCCGUUGUUUCAUCGGCAGCCACAACUACAUCGACUUCGGCAAAGCCACUUUCACGCAAAGGCGGCAUCAUUUUCCCCAGCGUGAAAAAUAAGCCGUCUGUGGUGAAUUCCACUUUCUCCACCGACAUACUUACGCUAAAGGACAUAAAGGGCUUUUCUUGUGUUGACCUCCUUAACGCUGGUAUGAGGCAGUCUGGAGUAUUCUACUUGCAAAUCCGUGGCACUACUUAUUGGUUCUUAAAGGUCUAUUGUGAGCAAGAAAUUACCGAUGGCGGCUGGACGGUCAUUCAAAGGCGAGAUGAUUUCGGUGAGCCGCGUGAGAACUUCAAUCGUGAUUGGGCUGACUACAAAAAUGGUUUUGGCGAUCCAGCGAAGGAGUUCUGGCUAGGUAAUGAGAACAUUUAUAUGCUAACCAAUAAUGAGGACUAUGCGCUGCGUGUUGAGCUAGAGGACUUUGAAGGCAAUAAGAGAUAUGCACAAUAUUCGCAUUUCAAAAUCCACUCGGAAGCUGAUUAUUACAAGUUGGAAAUCGAUGGUUAUGAAGGAAAUGCUGGCGAUUCGCUCAAUGAUCCAUGGUACGGUUCCAACAAUAGUCCUUUCUCAACAUACAAUAGAGACAAUGAUCGCAGCUCACUGAAUUGUGCUAGCAUGCUCAAGGGCGGCUGGUGGUGGAAGUCUUGCGGUCGUGGCCUAAAUGGUCUUUACUUGCAUGAUCCGCAAGAUUUAACAGCACGACAAGGCAUUGUUUGGUUCCGCUGGCGCGGUUGGGACUACACACUAAAAAAGGCCACCAUGAUGAUUCGUCCUCGGGCCCCUCAACCUAUGGGUAGUACAGUAUCUACGUCAUAGGCUAACCUAUUUCGAGGCGCUAAGUUGUAGCCAAGAACGACAACUGUUUUGAAAGCACCUAAAAUCAACCGCAAACUAGUUUCAAAUUAAAUAGUUUUAAAAGCAUAGUGGCAUUUUAAAAAUGAAACUUUUUUCAUGUAGACAGGCAUUUUCCAGUUCAGUUGAAACACCC